CUAGGGAUGGCUAUUUGGUCCAGACUAUUUGGUUUUACCUGAACCCGGACCGUAUAACUCGGAUCGAGAUCGGAUCGGGACCAGAUAGCAAACAAUCCAAUCCAAUCUUUGAGCUUAGAUUUGAGGUAAAAACCCGUUUGGCAUCAGAUCAAAAACCGAAUAAAGACCGGAUAAGAAGCCCAACACCAAAAACUUAACCAACUCCUCACUCUUUGAGUCCUCAGGCUAGUCAAAUCCCUACAAGUUCAAUCUAAAAUUAAGACCGAAUUGUGACCGGACCGGAUCAAGACCGGACUGUAUCCAAUCCAAUAUUUGGUCCUUAUAUUCCCAAAAAACCGGACUGGGACCGGAUCAAUUCGGGCCAAUUCAACCGGACCGAACCAUAUAACCACCCAUAUAUACAACCAAUAUAUACAUAAGCCUAAUCGAAAGAAAAAAUAAAAACCACAAAGCCCAAAUACAAGGACCGAAAGACAACAAAAUACAACGCCAAAACCAAGCAAACAAACGGGCCCAAUUAACUUUCAACUCUAGCCCAAGUCUUCAAUGAUCAUCUUCAGCCACCCUACAAAAUCCAGACUGCCGCCGACAAUGGGAUGGCAGUUCAACCCGGACCCGCGGGUACCCGACCCGACCCAACCCGGUCAAACCGGGUAAAAUCCGUGUUGACCGGGUUCGGGCCGGGUUCGGGUUUAAACCCGGUGGCUGGUUGGGCGGGUUGGGGCGGGUUCGGGUUUGAGGGAACCCGACCCGUGGAUACCCGGCCAUACAUCCCUAACCCUAAAUUACCCAGACCCCAAACGACAAUUCCCAAUCUCAGAAGGCCAGAACCAAUUUCCACUUCGCCCUUCCCAUUUCCCAUCGCGGCAUCGCCGCCAAUCUCUUCCCGAGUCCCGACCCAUCUUCCUCGCCGGCCUCUGCAACCCAUCUUCUUCUCCGCGAGGACCGCGACCGCGACCCAUCUUCUUCUCCGCGAGGACCACGACCGCGACCCGUCUUCUUCUCCGCGACCCGUCUUCUUCUCCGCGAGGACCGCGACCGCGACCCAUCUUCCUCUUCUCCACCUGCCGUCCCGACUGGCGACGGCCGCCCCGCCACCACCAAACUCCUCUGCCCCGCCAGGCCGCCACUCUCUCCAGCUCUCCCUGCUCCUCAGCAAGGCCUUCACGGCGUUGCUCAGUCUCAACCUCCCCGACCAGGCGACCGACCACCUCUCCGCCGUCUCCCUCCGCUCAGUCGACUCCACCGCCGGACACGCCACCGCCCACUUGGUCCAGAAUCGCCCUCUCGAGUCCCGGCCCCUCUCUCCAGCACAGCCGCUCGUUGCUUGGUCUUGGGAAAGCUCUCCUCCAAGCCAAAUUCCAAACACUCAAACACGGCAGGAGAUCCAUUUCUCAGCGGACAAUUUUGGGAACAGGGACUGACGCUUGUUGCUCAGCGGAGGAAGGCAUUGACGGCUCGCUGAUGUGGAGUUCACCUUGCCGAGAUUCAGCAGUUUGGAACGAGCGCGCGAACAACUAAUUGAGCGAGGAAGACCUGCGGCUAAUUGACGGUGAAUUCCCUAGCCAACCGGCGAAUCGAAGGUGAGUCAUGAUUUGUGGUAUUUGUUUACCCCCGCUGAUUCGAACAAUCAGAUUUGGUAGUUUUGCGGUGAACAAUUCUCUAGCCAACCGCCGAUUUGAAGGGGAGGCGAGAUUGUUUCGGUUAGUUUGCUCCGCUGCUUCUCUCAAUCCGGAUUAGGUAGUUUUGCGUUGAACCCUUGCCAGCCAACCGGCGAUUUGAAGGGGAGUCAGUAAUUUUUUCUGUUUGUUUGCCCCCGUUGCUUCGCGCUGUCAGAUUUGUUAGUCUGAUAUAUAUGCGGUUGGGGGAAGCCCGCAAUUCCUCUAUUCGCAAUUGGAUUUGGUAGUCUGAUCUGCAUAUUACCUAUUACUGUUUCCAUCAUUUACUUCGCUUAUAUUUAGUUUUAUCUGAUUGAGUUUCCAUGUGUACCCAGCUAAAUUGAUAGGCCAACCCUUCUUGUACCUCCUGUGUCCUUAUUGCAGCUUAGAAGGAGACCACGUCUUCGGCGAAUUCGGCGACUACAAGCCCCUCGAAGCCAAGGAAAACAAGGGAAACCAGAGGAGCCGAGUUCCAAAGAAGGCAUAAAUAAUUGAGCUCUGGUUUAGAUCCCAGCUGCAACUGGUAGGUUUCUCGCUCUCUUUCAUUGAUAUCCCAUUUCAGUCUCCUUUCUGUUCCGGUAGGAAUGGCAAUGGGGCAGGUCCGGGGCGAGUUUCUUGGUACCCAGACCCGCCCCGUGGCAGGUCGGGUAAUUGAUCAUGGGUCGCGGGUCGGGGCAGGUCGACCCAAUGAGUAUACAAUUUAUAUGAAAACAUUAAAAAUAUUCGUAAUUUUUAUUGUAGGACUAAGAAAACAAACAAUAUUAUGACAAUUGUAGUUAAAUUAUUGGAGAAAUUGAGGUUUUUACUAAUUUACAACUUUAUUAUAGCUAAAAUAUUAUGCAAUAAAAGGAAAAUUCUAAGUAAUUUGACUAAGAUUACAUGUAAUUUAGACAAGAACGGGUCAAAAAUGGGGCGGGUCAGGGCAGGUCGGAUCGAUGGGACUACCCAUGCCCGCCCCGCCUACGAGGCGGGUCGGACCCGCCCCAAAACAGGUUUAACAGGUCGGGUAAAACGGGUCAGUUCAAAAUUGUCAUCCCUAUGUUCCAGAUUUUUAGUUCUAAAUUUGGGUUUAGCCCACCGUACUUGAUAGAUUUGGUUCAUCAUCUUCUCCAAUUCUUUUCUGAUCGAAGAGACGACGGCGAAACUAAAUUAUGAUUACUGAGAGUGAACCAUACAAGAAGGAAACGAGCUUUGUAUUCGCAUAAGGAGAAAAUGCGAGGGAUGGGUUAGCGGUGGCGGUGGGUUUCUGACUCUCCUUUGUUAUUAUUCGCUUUCUGACGUCUUAUUUAGUGUGUUGAUUUUUGGGUCUACGUUAUGAUUUUCCCUUACUAUACUACAUGGAUUUGGUUCAUCAUUUUUGCCCAUUCUUUCAGAUUGAAGGAACGACGACGGGAACUCGAUGAUGGCAGGAGAAAGUGGAAAAGGAGCGUUGGGUUUGCAGAGGGGAGAGUAAGGAUGAUUAAGUUAGCGGAGUAGAAAGAAUGCAAAGCCAGGUAGUUCAAGUUUGGCGACUUCCUUUCAGUUUGAUUGGGUGUUUGUGAUAAGUCUUAGUUUGGUCAACAUAUGAGGACUUUCAUGAAUACAAAAAAGGCUAAGAGGAAGAAGAAGAAGAAGAAGAAGAAGCAACAGCAGAGAAUUAAUUUUCCCUGGUCGCAGUUUACAAAGACAUAGAAGGCAAAGAGAACGGUAGUGGAAGGAGGAAUAAGAAGACGCACAAAAUCGUAAAGGUGAAGAACUCUAUUAUGAUUGUGAAGGAAUAACAAAAUCGACAUGGUGGUGACCUUCUCUCUUUGCUUCUGCUUUUUUUUUUUGUUUAAUUUCUUGUGAUUUAUUCGCAGAUUAAUGAGCUUAUGCCAGUUUUGGGUACUUACCUAGCACAUUAGGAAGCUUUCACUUGCCGAGUUCAACUUAUUAAUCAAGUGCUUGCCAUCAAUGGUGAUUUGGAUGUAUUUGGCUCCAUUUUAUAUCUUCUGGACCUCGCGGUUUGUAACUCAAAUAGCUUUCGGAUUAUUGAGUUCUUACGUUGUUAUUAUGUUUACCUGCACGAUAUGCAUGAUCACAUAGAAAUGACCUUAUUAUCCGAGUUCUUAUGCAGUGGCUGGGUACAUUGAUGUGGUCAUUUCAGAAAUGACAACUAACAUGUAAGAGUAGUCACCUUCUUAAUCAACAAGGUGUGCUAGGAACUAAAGUCAUGUGCUAUGCUAAUUGUUUGUAUUGGUGUUCAGGAAGAGUGCAUCCGGAAGGGAAGAUUACAUCGUCAUCAGUUCUGUCAAAAUAAAGCAACCAUAAACAAGACAUGCAUUCUGCAGAACAUAAUGAUGAGUGCUGCAUUUUUCAACGGUUUAUAUAUUUGUUUUCAGUUCUUUAUGUGUGUAUGUCUUUUACGCCCGAUGAUUAUGAUUCGUUGAUCCCUUUUUUUCCUUUCAGGAGGAAGAGCAUAUAUGCAACAAAAAGGGCCAAAUGAGCUAGCAUGGUUAUAAGGAGUUAGACAAAUCUCGCAUGUGUUGAACUUAGAUACCAUAUUGGGAAUCGCAUUUUGAUUUGAAUAGAGUUUUAACACCUACUUCCAAAUUUAGGAGUUAGACAAAUCUCGCAUGUGUUGAAUUUAGAUACCAAAUACAUAACUGAAAUAUAUGAUCCAAACGAUGUUCACAUUUGUUAUUGAAUAUCAAAUUGAUUUUCUUUCUUUAUGAAGUCAUGAAUCUUUUUUCAUAAAAUCCCACUUUCACGACAGACGAUUGUAUAUUUGAAUCAACAAGUGUUUUAUUUAGUAAAAUUCCAAAUAAAUACUUCAAAUAUUU